AUGACUGUUCAAUCGGCGCUUGUGCCAAUCCUACUCUUGGUGCUGGUUUCGGGGAUGGUACACUGCAUGCCGCUAUUAUCUCCCCAACGAAAUGACACCCUGGAUCGACGCUGGGAGACGCUUUUCUCAAUGGCCAGGAUGCCAGGAGAGAGAAAAGACGGAAACCGGGACAGUGACUAUUUGCUGGGCAUCAAGCGAUUACGACGACUUUACUGCAACGUGGGCAUCGGAUUUCAUAUUCAAGUUUUGCCCGAUGGAAGAAUAAAUGGGAUGCACAAUGAAAAUCUGUACAGUUUGUUGGAAAUCUCGCCGGUGGAAGUUGGAGUGGUGAGCCUGUAUGGUGUUAAAAGUGGACAAUUUGUUGCCAUGAAUGGAAAAGGAAAGCUAUAUGGAUCAAAACAAUUCACAGAUGAAUGCAAAUUCAAAGAGACCCUUCUCCCAAACAACUACAAUGCCUACGAAUCCAGACGGUACCCUGGAAUGUACAUCGCUCUGAACAAAAACGGAAGGACAAAAAAGGGGAACAGGGUGUCCCCCACAAUGACGCUGACUCAUUUUCUGCCUCGGAUUUGA